AUGUGUGUCACUGGAAAAUUGCAUUCCGUUGAUCAAUUUUUGAAUAUAAAACUUACAGACAUCUGUAUACAUGAUCCAGAAAAAUACCCUUACAUGAGUUAUGUGUCAGAAUCUUUCAUCAGAGGUUCAGUUGUUCGGUAUGUACAACUUCCAGUUAACUAUGUUGAUACACUAUUGUUACAAGAUGCUGCACGUAAGGAGACUACCAUCAGAUAA